AUGUCCUCUUCAAAUGAUAAUCCAAUGAGUGAUCCUGACAACUUUAUUGACUCAGUUGCGUAUGAAAUUACUGCAGUGUCCAUUGGCUGUCUCGCUGUUAUGACUAAUGUAGCGGUUAUGAUGCUAAUUUGUGCGCGUAAAAGGCUACAUAAUUCAUCCAAUCUAAUCUUGUGUAGUAAAUUUUUCGCCGGUGCUCUCUUCGGUGGACUCUAUGUUAUACCAACAUUUGGUUUCCCUCAAAUCCAAACAUUUUUCCCCUUCUGCAUUAUAUUACCAUUAUUAGCUCAAUCUAUGUCGAUUAAUAUUAAUUAUCAUAUAAGUUUAAUUAGUUACGAUCGUUACUGUCAUGUUAUUUAUCCAUUACACUCACCUUUAACCCCAGUUAAAAAAUCUCUGUCUAUUUUAUUAAUUUGGAUUGCUUCACUGGCUGCACCAGCUAUCGUUACUAUGUCAGUUGUGCCACCAGGAAAUAUGACAGCCUGUGAUGUCAAUUUUCAGCUCGAUACUGGUAGUCAAUUGCUGUUAAAAUCAUUUUCUGCACUCCUCUUUUUCAUACCAUUGGGUGUAACUAUUAUUUUUUAUGUUCGUAUACUAAUCGUAAUUUGGUCACGUAAACGAUCCAUUUCAGCGCUAGUUUCUAAUAGACCGUUAAUAUUGCGAGCGAAAAGGAAAACAAGAGCUAUAACUCAUAUUUUAAUGAUUAUUGGUAUCUUUUCCUUUUGUUGGUCGCCUUAUAUCAUUUCAAGUUUUAUUAAUGGUUGGCUUAAUGAAGAUGUAUUUUACUAUGUUUACGGUAUUUCAAUUUUGCUAAUCUUUAUUUAUGCCACCGUUAAUCCACUGGUCUACUUAUUCAAUACUCAGAGUUUACGUAUAGAAAUGGUUGAAGUUAUUUGUAUUUUUAAAAGUAAAUUCCUUAAUCAUAAUCACAAUAGUUGGCAAGAAACUUCCUUUCAUUCUACCGCUCCAGUCGCAGCACGUACUUGGUCCCUCUGGAGUACUACAGUUUAA